AUGAAGAUUGAUAGAGACAGGCCGAAGUUAUCAAAUGCUUUCAUUGAAGAGCAUAAACUCAGAGAGUUGAAAAUUGAUAUAGACGAAAAGUUAGAACCUGACUCUGAGUGUUGUAUUUAUAGGGUUCCUAAAGAGCUUCGCAAAAUAAAUAAAGCAGCAUAUACUCCUCAAUUAGUUUCAAUAGGUCCUUUCCAUCAUGGCAACAAGGAUUUGGCUGAAAUGGAAAAACAAAAAGUAAGAUAUAAAAAGGAGUUUGGUGAAAGAAUGAUUGAGGAGAAUUGGGAGGAUUUUAUCACCUUCAUAGAAAAGGAGGAGCAACACAUUCGUAAUUGCUAUUCAGAGACUUCCCCUCUUAAAAGUCUUGAUUUUAUAACAAUGAUUUUUUAUGAUGCAAUCUUCAUCAUUGAGCAUUUCUUGAAAUUUCAAGAAUGCAAAGAUGAUUUUUUGCUAAAUAAACCAUGCUUCAGAGCUGGUUUAAACCGAGACAUACAAUUACUUGAAAAUCAACUCCCAUACUUUGUCCUCGAAGAAUUAUACAAGUCAACUAUAAAUAAAGUACAAGGGUACCCUAACUUCCUUACUCUUUCUAUUGGUUUCUUCUAUGAUAGUAUGUGCAGUAAAAAAGAAAACUCUACUUAUCAUCCAAACGUUAAUCAUUUCACUGAUUUGAAGAGAAAUAGUUUGCUGCAUAUCCACCCUGAAGACAAUGAUUAUUUUUCACAUUUACCUUCAGCAGUCAAACUGAAAGAAUCAGGAGUGAAGUUUACAGCUCUUGAAGAAAGGUGUUUACUUGAUAUAGAACGAAAACAGAGAAAUUUUAGAAUCCCAAUUCCAUACUUUAGUGGAGUUGAGUUAAAAAUUCCCCGUUUGGAAGUAGUUGACGACACGGAAACUGUGAUACGGAAUGUAAUGGCAUUUGAACAAUGUCAUUAUCCAUUAAAAACUCACGUUUGUAACUACAUCAGUUUCAUGGAUUUUCUUAUCGACACGGAGAAGGAUGUAGAUUUGCUUAUUGAAGAAAAAAUUAUUUCAAAUUUGAUGGGCGACAGUGCUACAAUCGUACGGAUGUUUAACAGACUUGGCCUUAACAUUAAUUUAAGUAAGUCCUGUUAUAGUGGCAUUGUCAGGGGUCUAAAUGCACAUUAUAGCAAUGGCUGGAACCAUAAAAGGGCAACCUUGAAAAGAGUUUAUUUCAGCAAUCCAUGGAAAGGCACAGGAACUAUUGCUGCAAUUAUACUGCUACUGCUAACUUUAAUACAAACCAUUUGUUCCAUUAAGCAAGUUGUGUGA